GAAAACGGGGAAGAAAAGGCGAAGAAACAAACUCUGAUUUCGGUGGGGAGUGUAGUUUCUAUUAAGAGCUAGAACAAAGGAGAAAUGCGUCCUUUCAAAUUGUAGAUUCUUUGGGGAAAAGACGGACAGAACUUUAUCUCAGUUUGAAAUGAGUCUGGGUAGCUGCAAUGGUAAAGCUGCUUCCAGAAACAGGUAAACCUGUCUUCAAAAAACCCCGCUUCAUGAAAUAUUAGUGCUUCACUUCAGUUGCUAUCUGAAGAAGUUCUGGUAGAGAGAAGAGCUCAGGGGCACAGGCAGAGUCAGCUCCCGAGUGGGCUGAAAGCUCCCUGCAGCUCCUGCAGUGCUAAUUAAGGGAGGGAGCAGCGGGGAGCUUGCAGUGACCAAGAGGGGGUUGAGGCUAAGAGGCCGCGAUAAACACGAUGAUAAACAGGAUAUGAUAAAAGCCCUUAACCAAGACACAGAUGGGAAGAAGCGUUAGAGCGAGCAGCACUCACAUCUCAAGAAAAAGAAGACACGACUGAUAACAUCUGAGAGGAAGGAAACUGCAUUGUGCUGGGAUCUGCAUGUCACAUUAUAAAAAGCAAUUUUUUUAAAUAGACCAGCCUUUUAAACAGCUUCCGGAGAUGGAUUAUCCUACUUUACUUUUGGCUCUUCUUCAUGUAUACAGAGCUUUCUGUGAAGAGGUGCUUUGGCAUACAUCAGUUCCCUUUGCUGAGAAUAUGUCUCUAGAAUGUGUAUAUCCAUCAGUGGGCAUCUUAACACAGGUGGAGUGGUUCAAGAUCGGGACCGAGAAGGAUUCCGUAGCCAUUUUCAGCCCUACUCAUGGCAUGGUCAUAAGGAAGCCCUAUGCUGAGAGGGUUUACUUUUUGAAUUCAACGAUGGCUUCCAACAACAUGACUCUUUUCUUUCGGAAUGCCUCUGAAGAUGAUGUUGGCUACUAUUCCUGCUCUCUUUACACUUAUCCACAGGGAACUUGGCAGAAGGUGAUACAGGUGGUACAGUCAGACGGUUUUGAGGCAGCCGUGCCACCAAAUAGCCACAUUGUCUCGGAACCUGGAAAGAAUAUCACACUCACCUGUCAGCCUCAGAUGACGUGGCCUGUGCAGGAAGUGAGGUGGGAAAAGAUCCAGCCCCGUCAGAUCGACCUCUUAACUUACUGCGACUUGGUCCACGGCAGAAAUUUCACCUCCAAGUUCCCACGACAAAUAGUGAGCAACUGCAGCCACGGAAGGUGGAGCUUCAUCGUCAUCCCCGACGUCACGGCCUCAGACUCGGGGCUUUACCGCUGCUACUUGCAGGCCAGUGCAGGAGAAAACGAAACCUUCGUGAUGAGAUUGACCGUAGCCGAGGGUAAAACCGAUAACCAAUAUACCCGCUUUGUGGCUGGAGGGACAGUUUUAUUGUUGUUUGUUAUCUCAAUUACCACCAUCAUUGUCAUUUUCCUUAACAGCGUGUUUGAAAUAAUAUUGGUGCUGGAAUAUCGUAUCUUUAUAUCCUUUAUUGAAUAUGCGUUCCAGAAGGAGGAGGAGAGAAAGAAGCCAUCUAUAUACAGAGUCUUGGGAUACACAGAAGGCACCCAAGAACUAUAGAAGUCCCAUCUCUGCCAGUCAACCUACCAAUCAAUCCAUGGAUGAUACAAGAGAGGAUAUUUAUGUCAACUAUCCAACCUUCUCUCGUAGACCAAAGACUAGAGUUUAAGCUUAUUCUUGACAUGAGUGCAUUAGUAAUGACUCGUAUGUACUCAUGCAUGGAUUGUUAUGCAAUUAUUUUCCACUACCCAUGGUCUACCUUAGAUACUACUUGUCUCAAUUGAGUUCAUUUGGUAGGAAACAUACUUCAUUACCUAAAAAACAUUUUUCAUGGAACUGUUUCAGAAAACCUGACGCCAACUUGUUUAUAUACCAAAAACUUACUGAAUCAUGUAACAGAAUGAUCCAGGGGAGAUUAAGCUUUGGGCAAGGACUAUUUACCAGGGCUUAAAUGUGUCUAGAAUUAAGUAUGGGCAUAAACUGGCUUCUGAAUCCCUUUCCACAGUGUUGGAUCUAUUUCCCUGGUCUUGGCCUCACUCUCAUGCAGGUUUUCCUCUUGUGUUGGCAAGAUGGCUGCCAACUCUUGGCAAUUCAUACAUCCUUGUUUCUGUCUGGUAGAGAGUUUGCUUCUCUAAUAGAACCAACACAUUUGGUUACUUUUUCAUUGUUAAAUAGGCAUCAUGAUCAGAAAGGAUGGAAUGGCUUAAGAAAACUAAGGGCUCACUUCUAGAGCUGAGAGCAGAGUCAAAGCACAAUACUAGGCAAUUCAGAGCAUGGUUAGAAGAGGGAACGGGAGUCUCAAAGCUGGGGAGUUUACCAACAAAUAUUGACUGCAGUGACUAACCAAGACAUUCUUGGUUAACUAAAAAGUGAAAUAUGGGAUGGAAUCUAGAAAUGGGGUAUCUCUCUCCAUACUUCUAGAAUCGGCGCUAUCAGCAUAGUCCAGAAGAGUACCUGGCAAUAGAAGAAAUGAAUAAUCAAGAGGAAGAUAAAUAUGAGAGGGCAAUCCCUUGCUAUUCUCAUAUAUAUUUAUCUCUCAUUCUGUAUAGAAUUCUUGCCACCAUCCCAGGUCUAGCCGUAGGAGCAAAUGUAGUAGAUAGUCCAAUAAUAAAUAACUUAAUGUUUUGGACAUUGUUUUUCUUUUCUACUUUUGAGAAUUAUUUUUAAUAUGUAAAUUCUCUCAAAAGGGUCAGGCACCUAGUUGUUAUUUUUUAAUGAUUAUGUGAAACUUGAAUAUAAUAUACCACUAAAAGUGACAGCUGGAAGUGGUGGCAUAGGAUGAUAGGGUAGAAAUUUGAGAGGGAAAAAAGAAAUUGGGAGGGUACAGGCAACAGGAGAAAGGAAUCAAACCACAGAAAAAGACAAAGGGAAACUUCUGCUUCACAAUUUGGACAAAGACAGCCCUAAUGACUUCACCAACAGUCAAAGCAAUUAGAGGCCAUACCUGAUAUUGUUUGCAUUCUAGAUGUAGGCAAACAAUGAAAAGUAUUUGCCAAACUGAAUAAAACUGUCAUGGUUACCUUGAAAGGACAUUGUCAUUAUUAAAUAUAGUGAUCAUUCAUGUCUAAAAGAUUCAUUAUUUGUCUCUAAAGAUUUCUAAAGACCACCAUCUAGAGAAGAUUCAUUAUGAAGACUGUAUUUAAAUAUCAAAGUUGUGGACUUCAUGAUAAUCUUAAAUGAAGCAAAUCCAAAUUCUCCUGUUGCCUAGACAGAUUCUAAGAUGUAAUUUACACUUUUAAGCUAAUUAGUGAGUAUUUUAUGAUUUUAGCCUUAAACACCAUGUAUGCCAAAUAGUGCAAUUAUUUUGUGAAUUACAGAAAUGGUAAGUGCCCACAUUUCUGUGAAUUAUAAAAUUUGUGAGGUUUUUUAAAACCCUUUUCAGGAGUGAAAAAAUUAAAAUGACCAUUUCCUAGUUGUACUUAAGUAAAUGCAAGAAGAGUAAACUCUCAUUUUUAUUAUGUUUGCAUAAAUAUCUUUUCAUACCUGGAUUCAUGAAAUAUUUCCACAAAUAUAUUAGUGUAACAAACUUGAAAGAUAGUUUACAAGAAAACCCUCUACUAUCAGAUCAAUCAAAGAUUCCAUGAGAGAAUUUAUUGGUUUGCAUGGUGAAGCAAGCUUAGCAUCAAUUAAAAGGUAAAUAAUUGCUUUUCUGAAUGGUGAAGACAAUCAAGAUAUUACUUUGUGGAAAACUCCAAUAACCAAAUUCUCAAUGAUUAGCGUAUGUGAUCAGGAAAACAUUUUUACAAUUGUAGUAUGGGGAAAUAUAAAUCCAAUUUUAAGAGAGAAAAUAAUGACCGGGUGUGGAAGGGAGAGUACAGUCAGGUACCAUUGUCAUGGUGGUUUUUACUGGGAACUUCGUGGAAGACGUUUGUAGCACACCACUGAAGUGUUGCAAAGCGUCCAGAACAUUUGGAACUUGUCUCUUUUUCCUUGCGUGUUUUCGUGUUUUUGGUCUCUCAUUCAAAAUAUUGAUGAGAACUAUUUACUCUGUCAUUUCUUCUCUAUAUAUUCUUCCUCUACAGAGUGUAGGAUUUUUUUCAGGAAUUUGGAGCCAUCCUAAGUUCUCCCCAAAAUUUUCUGACCUCCUCUGAUGCUCCUGUUAUACCCUCAGGGUUAAUGCUUGUGAAAUUCCAUUCAUUCAUUUCUUUCCCUGGACAUCUUUACUUACCGAAGCACUUUCAUUGUAAUCUUUUUAACAUCAUCCCUAAUUCGUGAUAGUUUUGGAACUCUCCGUAGUAUAUGUUUCGCUGCCUCUACUGUUUUGCACCUAUGAUUCUGAUUGUUACUAAGAAAUCAGAUCAAAACAGAUCCACAGAAUAAAAGAUCAAUUCCAGUAAAUUAUGUUAUAAAUACAGAUAUUUUUUACAAGUUGCUGCUUUGGAAGCAAAAUACUUCUUAAGUUUUAUAUAUGUAUACACAUGUAUAUAAUUUAUAUUGAUGGAUAAUACAACAUUAAAUAAGAAUCUAUGCUUCCUUCGAAUGCCAUUAACAUUUACAUUAAAGUAACCAAUUAAAGGAAAUUACUUUGUGAUAAUAAGGUAGGUAGAUUUGUUAAAUGUCAUUGUGGAGUACCCAGUUUUGUCAGGGAAAGAACACAUCUUAUUGAACUUUGAUGACUAUGAAUUGACUAUAUUAUUAUAAGAGAUACCUUCAAACUUUAUUUUAAAAACUUUAUGUAGAAUAUGUUGAGAAAAUAAAAUAGAAAUUUCAUUUACCCCGAUCAUACUUAAAAUGGGAGGCAGGUAGCUGAGGAUAUAAUUUUUAAUUAGUAAAAACUCAAAUUUAUGUUUUAAGUAAUUUAGUUUAUUACUAGAAUACUAUAUAUAUAAACUUAAAAUACAUGGGUUAUCAAUUUAAAAGACAAAUAAAAAUACUUUUAGUAGGCAUUCUUUUAUUGUGAGCAUCCAAGUUUUAUUGGUUUAUACAGAAUGGCAUUAAGUAAAAAUUACAGUUGUAUGACAGUAAUUUUCUAAAUUGGGAGAGUCCGUGUUGUCAUUAGAGAUCACUGUGACCAAAUUGCUUCUCCUUGAUUUAUAAUGAUAUACUGUAUUUUGUACUGCUUAUAUGAAGUUUCAGCAAGAUUGACGGUAUUAUAAAGAUGCUUAUAAAGUGCAAGUGGAGAUGCUAAAUUGUGAGUACAAAGAGGUUUCUUUUCACAACAGUGAUAAGAAAAUAUCUUUAAAAAAACAUAAAACAACAUAAACAUGUCACCAUUAGUUUAGCUACUAUUAAAAUGUAACAUCUAGGAAGUAUUGACCUUCACCUUCAGACUUCUGUAUAAGUUAGUAUAUUUUUUCACUGAUCUGUUCAUUAGAAUUCUUCCAGCCAAGACUCUGGGCUCUUAAAGCAUUUAUCUGAAAACGAAAAACAAGUUUAUUUUUUAAAAAGCUUCUCUAUUUCUAGUGAUUCAAUAGGUAGAAAAACAGCUUCUAGAAUUAACUGCAAUGCUUUCUAUGGAAAUUUUAUAAAUCCUCAAGGUCGGUUUACAUAUAUUUUUCCAGAUUCAAAGCACUAACUAUGUUGUAAGAUGUUGUAAGAAAAGGUCUGUUUGGAAGUAUGGGUGAUAAAUGCAUGGGAUAAUUCUGGUUUAUUUCCUGUUAUCCUUGUUAGAAUAAGUUAUAUGGUCAACCUGUCUAGAACACUUUUUCCAGUGUUAGUGUAUACUUUUGAAUUUUUGGUUCUUGUAGUGUAUAGAAAUAUUUUCCUAAAUGUACUGUAUUCUGUUGUUUUGAAUGAAUAAAACACAAUGUUUCACGAUCGCUAGCUUCAUUUGCCAUCAAGAAAUAGCAGGGAAAAUUUUGUACAGAAUAAAAUUAACGUGAUGAAUUACAUGCAGAAAAAAUUCAAAUCAAUGAUGCAUUGUAACUUUUAGCUCAAUGCAAUAUUCCUCUUAUUAUUAUUAUUAUUAUUAUUAUUAUUAUUAUUAUUAUUUUGAGACGGAGUUUCGCUCUUGUUGCCCAGACUGGAGUGCAAUGGUGCGAUCAUGGCUCACCACAACCUCCGCCUCCC